UGGUCUGUAGCAGCCCCAGACUACAGAGGAGAGAUGCCUAUUUGCAAAUAUUAAUGGUGUGGCUUAAACGUGGAUCUGAGAAGCCACCAGCGGAGGCCAUUUUUACAGCAAAAGAGGAACUGUGGAACUCAAAUGACAGGAGAACAAGGAUCCUUGGAUAUUUAAGAUCUCUCCCAGACCUCUUUUAUCUUCAAGCUCCCAGACGGAUAGUUGUUUUUUCCUCUGCACUGAACCUGAAGUUUUCUGAAUGAAUGACUGGGUGGGCCCAGAUGUCAACGUGGUGGGGCCACUGCAGGUGCCAACCAGCGAUGGCUUCUGUCUCUCAGAGAGUUCCCACUUCUUUGAUAUACUGGCAGAGCAGAGCAGCCCUCUUCUACAGGACCCCGAAGGGCUUCCUUUCACGUGCUAUCCCAGCAUGCAAUACCCCACCAUGGAGCCCACAAUGUCGUCCCCUUCGUACUACUCUAGUCAGCACUACUACCCACCAUACAGCUCAGAGGACUGGUACUCUCCGCCCAGCCUGUAUGAACUGAGGAAGGGGCCCCUGGAGGGGGCCAGCUUUGAGGCUGAGAUGGAGGAGAGCUCUGUGCUGGUGCCCAGCGUGUGCAAGAGGGCCCGACACACAUCCCAUCCUGGCAGGGUCAAAGGGGAGGAGCUGUGCGUGGUGUGUGGAGAUAAGGCCUCUGGGUAUCACUACAAUGCACUCACCUGUGAAGGCUGCAAAGGCUUCUUUAGGAGAAGCAUCACAAAGAACGCUGUGUACAAGUGCAAGAGCGGUGGCAACUGUGAAAUGGACAUGUACAUGCGCAGGAAGUGCCAGGAAUGCCGACUCCGGAAGUGCAAAGAGAUGGGAAUGCUGGCAGAGUGUUUGCUAACAGAGAUACAGUGCAAGUCCAAAAGGCUCAGAAAAAACACAAAGAGCUCUCCGGGGGAGUCGGCAGGGGAUGACCCAGAGGGAGCGGACUGUGGCGACACCAAACAGGUCACCUCCACCACCAGACUCCCAAAGGAAAAAGUGGAACUCAGUCAAGAAGAACAGGCCCUCCUAAAUUACAUUGUUGAUGCUUACAAUAAACAUCGAAUUCCUCCAGAUAUGGCAAAGCAACUGCUCCAGGAGCAGUUCAACGCAGAAGAGAACUUCCAGCUACUCACAGAAAUGGCUACAAGCCAUGUCCAAGUGUUGGUGGAAUUCACCAAAAACAUUCCAGGUUUUCAGAGCUUGGACCAUGAGGACCAGAUUGCGCUCCUGAAGGGCUCUGCAGUGGAGGCCAUGUUUCUGCGCUCAGCCCAGGUCUUCACGCGGAAACUCCCGCAAGGACACACAGAGGUGCUGGAGGAGCGGAUCCGCAAGAGUGGGAUCUCCGAGGAGUUCAUCACGCCCAUGUUCAACUUUUACAAGAGCAUCGGGGAGCUGCAGAUGCUCCAGGAGGAACACGCUCUCCUCACCGCAAUCACCAUCCUCACACCAGAGCGGCCGUACGUGAGGGACCAGCCGGCGGUGGAGCGGCUCCAGGAGACCAUGCUGGAGGUGCUGAGGAAGUUCUGCAAGCUGCAGCACUCGCAGGAGCCGCAGCACUUUGCCCGUCUGCUGGGCCGCCUGACGGAGCUGCGUACCCUCAACCACCACCACGCCGAGAUGCUCACCUCCUGGCGCAUGAGCGACCACAAGUUCACACCGCUUCUCUGCGAGAUCUGGGACGUGCAGUGACCAUGGACAGCCAGUAGGGGGAGGG